AUGGCGUCUUUAGUCAACUUAACGGCUGAACAGCUUGAUAUAUUGCUGAAAGGAGUCGAUGUUUCUUCUCGGUUAUCGGAUUUGUUUGAGUGUAUUUCAUAUUAUUUAUCGCCUGAACGGUAUAAGGAAAGCGUAUCCCAGCAAGAAGUACUGUUGACCUAUUUUGGCGAGACGAAAGAGCUUGACAAAAGAAAAAGCCUGUUGCUGCACUUUCAUGAACGUAUUCAAAAUCUAUCUGAUGUUCGUCGUAAUGUAUAUGUGAAUUGCUGUCUUCAAUUGGCCUCUAUUGAGGAAGAGCAAGGCCAGUAUGAGGCAGCUAUUCCAUUUUUGAAAGAGGUAGAGAAUGUAAUGGUCAAAGAUGAUGAGAAUGAACAAAUUUUGCUUGUUCGCCUUCGUAUAGCAGAUAAUUAUAUGAAGACGAAACAGUAUGAUAAGGCAGCGAUGCUUUUACGGACGUCUAUACAAUACCUGAAUCGAGAAAAAAACGAGCAGUUAGUUACUGAUUUUCUCUUCUGCAAUGCUCGCACACUUGAUGAAACCCAUCAGUAUGGAGAUGCUGCAUUAAAUUACUCAAAAGUCCUCGACUACGAGUCACGAUUACAGGACCCGAUUGUGUCUGAAUGCGUUCGUAUGACUGCCAUCUGUAUAUUUUUGUCCCAACCGACAACUGAGUUGGCGGAUCUCUUGCUAAAACUGUAUGUACAUCCCCUCUCAAAAACUACGGACAUCUAUCCAAUGCUAAAAAAGUGUGCUCGGUAUGAAAUCCUGGACCGUAAAGAUGCAACUCGUCUGCUUCCCUGUCUCGCCGCGCACCAAGUUACUUUUGUGCAGGACAUUAUGCUCGCCCAAAAGAAUGUAUUCUUAGAACUUAAUAUUGCACUAUACUCAAGGAAUUAUUUACGAGCAAGCAUACCGGUAUUUGCGAAACAUCUGUGUGUCUCACCAGCGGCACUACAGUACACACUUAUUGAUAUGAUUAAGGACCAGCGUCUAAAUGCUCAUAUAGAUCAGGUGAAUGGCAUUGUUACCUUCCACGAUCAUACAAAAGCUGGAAUUUAUGCUAAGAAUUUGGAACGGCUUUGUGAGAACUUGGAAAAAUACGGUUGUUAA